GCGGUGGGUGGGGGGGACGUUGAUCAGGAAGCUGAGGAUAGACCCAUCAUCCCCCUGCGGUCUGAGGAGGCUGCAGGAGACGCUCCGUGCAGCAACUGGCGCAUCAGACCAGGAGCGGCGUUUGAUUGGAUUUUUUUGUAUUUUUAUUGCGUUGUUUUUAUUUUAUUUUAUUUUGUGUGUGCGUGUGCACGCGAGCUGGGAACAGCAGUGGCCUGAACAGCAGAGGUUUCCUGCGCGAGGAAGAGGCUGAUUCACGGCGCGCAGGGAGAGCCGCGCCACGCCGCGCGGAUGGAGGAUCCAUCUCUAUAAAGUCUUAAAAUACUAGCCCCCCGCUCCCCCCCUCCCCUGUAACCGACAGCCCAUUUGUCACACAGGGGGAGGAUCUGUGGAGAAAAGGGCCCCAAGGAAGACAGGAAGAGGACGAGAGGCGACCCCCCCCCCUCCCCCCUGGCGGUACGGAGCGGGCUGGGGACCUGCUCCUCUCUGCUGAUGAGGACACCGCGGCUCCACGAGAGGAUCCGACUCUGAAACCCUCAGUGGGGGCAAUUAUUAGGAGGCUGUUGGGCUAAACCAAAACCCCCGGGCUGCUUCAGCACAGCAAGGCUACACAAACUCCAAAAAAUAUCCGAAUCCAGGUGCUGAGUGGAGAAAGGCACAGCCAGUGCUGGAUCCCAGAGGGACAGUCAGUGUGGUAAGGGCCCUUGAGACGAAGAAGGGUGCAUGGAGGGUUCAAGGCCUGCAAAACCGGGGUCAUCGACUGGCCUCUGGUUGGUGCUGUUCUCUGUGGCUGCAGCUAUCCUUUGCUCUGAGGCCUGGACUACUCCUAGCCCUCUGCUCAUCUCCAACAAUGGCACUUGCAAAGGGACCUCUAAGUGUCAAGAAGGGAUCAUCCUGCCCAUCUGGUAUCCUGAGGAUCCUUCCAUGGGGGACAAAGUAGCACGAGUCAUUGUUUAUUUUGUGGCUCUGAUCUACAUGUUUCUUGGUGUGUCAAUCAUUGCCGAUCGUUUCAUGGCAGCCAUUGAGGUCAUUACCUCUCAGGAAAAAGAAAUUGUCAUCAAGAGGCCCAAUGGGGAAACAACCACAACAACUAUUAGGGUGUGGAAUGAGACUGUUUCCAACCUUACCCUCAUGGCUUUGGGUUCUUCCACACCUGAGAUUUUGCUCUCUGUUAUUGAAGUUUGUGGACAUGGGUUUAAAGCGGGUGAACUUGGUCCCUCCACAAUUGUUGGGAGUGCAGCCUUCAACAUGUUUGUCAUCAUUGGCCUCUGUGUGUCUGUUAUCCCCCAAGGAGAGGUGCGCAAAGUCAAGCACCUCAGAGUAUUCUUUGUCACUGCAGGAUGGAGUAUUUUUGCUUACAUCUGGCUUUAUAUGAUUCUUGCUGUAUUUUCACCCAAUGUAGUGCAGGUCUGGGAAGGCCUAGUCACACUGUCCUUCUUCCCCAUAUGUGUAAUUCUAGCCUGGGUAGCUGACAGAAGACUACUCUUCUACAAGUUUAUGCACAAGAAGUACCGCACUGACAAACAUAGGGGGGUCAUUAUUGAGACUGAGACAGAUCGAUCCAAGGGAAUUGAGAUGGAUGGAAAGAUGGUCAACUCUCACUUUAUGGAUGGAGGCACAGCCAGCAAUCUAAUUGGUUUAAUUGAGAGCAAAGAAGUAGAUGAGUCUCGUCGAGAUAUGAUUCGAAUCUUAAAGGACCUCAAGCAGAAGCACCCAGAGAAAGAGCUGGAUCAGCUGGUUGAGAUGGCCAACUACUACGCUCUCUCACACCAGCAAAAGAGCCGUGCCUUCUACCGUAUCCAGGCUACACGCAUGAUGACGGGUGCUGGAAAUAUUCUGAAGAAACAUGUUGCAGAACAGGCUAAGAAGAGUGCCAGUGUGCAAGAGGUUCAUGUAGAUGAACCAGAAGAGUUUGUGUCUCGGAUUGCUUUUGAGCCUGGUGUUUAUCAGUGCCUCGAGAACUGUGGUGCCGUCAUUCUGAACGUUACUAGAAAAGGUGGUGACAUCAACAAGACAAUCUACGUGGAUUAUAAGACUGAAGAUGGCUCAGCUAACGCUGGAGCAGACUAUGAGUUUACAGAGGGCACAGUAGUCUUCAAGCCAGGAGAGAUCAUUAGAGAAAUAAGCAUUGGCAUCAUAGAUGAUGAUAUAUUUGAAGAGGAUGAGCACUUCUUUGUGCGUCUCAGUAAUCUGCGUGUCCUGGAGACUGAGGAUGAGGUUCUGUCCCCUAACAGUCUCCCAUAUCCAAAGGCAAUGUUAGGAUUCCCCUUUGUGGCCACUGUUACUAUUCUGGAUGAUGAUCAUUCAGGCAUCUUUACCUUUGAGAGCAGUUCAGUCCAUGUAAGUGAGAGCAUCGGUAUUAUGGAGGUAAAAGUAUUGAGGACUUCUGGAGCAAGGGGGACUGUCAUUGUGCCUUAUCGCACCAUGGAGGGGCUUGCCAAAGGAGGAGGGGAGGACUUUGAAGACACCUAUGGAGAGCUUGAGUUCAAAAACGAUGAGACCUGCAAAUUCAUUCACGUGAAAAUUAUUGACGAUGAGGAGUAUGAAAAAAACAAGAACUUCUUCCUGGAGCUGGCUGAGCCUCGUAUGGUAGACAUGAGUCUGCAGAAAGAUGUACCAGACAGGAAGCUAACGUCAGACGAGGAGGAAGCCAAGCGGAUUGCAGAAAUGGGGAAGCCGGUGCUGGGCGAGCAUCCCAGGCUUGAAGUUAUCAUUGAGGAAUCCUAUGAGUUUAAGAGCACUGUGGACAAGCUGAUCAAGAAGACCAACCUGGCUCUGGUGGUGGGAACAAACUCCUGGAGAGAGCAGUUUAUGGAGGCCAUUACAGUCAGUGCAGAUGAGGACGAGGACGACACGGGGGAAGAACGGCUUCCGUCCUGUUUUGACUACGUCAUGCACUUCCUCACAGUUUUCUGGAAGGUCCUGUUUGCCUGUGUUCCUCCCACGGACUACUUGAAUGGCUGGGCCUGCUUCGCCAUCUCCAUCAUCAUCAUCGGCGUGCUCACAGCUGUCAUCGGUGACCUGGCUUCUCACUUCGGCUGUACCAUCGGCCUCAAGGACUCAGUCACUGCUGUGGUUUUUGUUGCCCUUGGCACAUCAGUCCCAGACACUUUCGCCAGUAAGGUGGCAGCGGUCCAGGACACGUACGCAGACGCCUCCAUUGGGAACGUGACGGGCAGCAACGCUGUCAACGUCUUCCUGGGAAUCGGCAUGGCCUGGUCGGUAGCGGCCAUUUAUUGGCAAAUGAAAGGGAAGCCAUUUGUAGUUGAGGCUGGCUCGCUGGCCUUCUCCGUCACUCUUUUCACCAUCUUCGCCUUCCUGGCUGUCUCGGUGCUGCUUUACCGUCGCCGCGCCCAUAUCGGGGGAGAACUUGGUGGGCCCAGGGGACACAGACUGGCCACAUCAGCCUUCUUUUUUAGCCUCUGGUUCCUUUACAUUCUCUUCUCCAGUCUGGAGGCCUACUGUCAUAUAGAAGGCUUUUAAACAGACCAGACUCACAGAAUAGGAACAUAGAACUUUACCAGUACAAGAGGGAAUUCUCACUGUGGAAUUUGGGCCAGUCUUGAAUGGUCAGAAAGAACAGGAGAGGCAACUUUGGAGUUUUCUGAAACUCUUCGUCCCGUCCUCCUCUCCUCCUCCCUCCCUCAACCCCUGCUGUAAGAAUGCUUGUAGGUGUGUGUUCUGCCCUCCAGAGCCAACUGGCCGGGUUCACAUUGACCCUCAUCUUGUACUAGUGUGCUUACAGCUGGGAUUGGGUUCCUGUUACGCUCCAAACAAUGCCGUCCACCAACAGGUGCUCCUGCAUCCCGCUGGACGAGAGGGAAGUCACACACCGGAAGACAGCCGAGCCAAUCAGAGCUUUCUAUUUUUUUCAACAUGUGACGAGGACGACUUUUUAAAGUGUAUUUUGGAAAUAAAAAUGCAAAAAACAACAAA